GUGUGGGCAAACUUGGAAACGAAAGGAGAAUCUCUGCCCUGCCCUGCCCCUAACCGUUAUAUAAGGGCAAGGAUUAAAUUUUUGGCAUGUGCUUCUGCAGAAUUUUGGAGCUCAAUUAAGGGGGAAGAUAGCUGGGAGUUGAUUCUUCCGAGCUAAUUCAAUCAAUCCCUCGGUUUCUGAGUUUUUGACGGUGAAGCGAUUGCUUCGCUAGUUUGGGAAUGUCUUUGGAGUUCGCGUAGCCGGAGAAGAUCGAUCGAAAGAGGGAUUCUAUGAUUUUUAUGCAGUUUUUGAUUCGAUUUGCCAUUUGGGUUUUUGAUCAAUCUCGCGGGUUUUGAAGUUUGAACUCGUUUCAGAGAGAUUGAUUGAAGAAGUUGGGUUCGGCAGCGUAAGCUCCCCAGAAAAGGAAUCUGAGACGGGAAGCCUGGAGAUUUGUCUGGGAGCGGCGUUUGGAGAAAAAGAAAAAGAAAAAGAAAAAGAGGGAAAGAGAAAGGGAGGGGAAUAACAGGCAGAGAAGAUACAGAAGAAACAAAACAGAGUCAGUUCUUCUCCCGGGGGACAGGGGUAAAAAGGUAAAAAUAUACGAAUAAAGGAAGCGGAGGAAGAUGUUAACAUGCAUAACGUGUUCGAAGCAGAGGGAGGAGAGAGAGGAGGAAGGCUCGCGUGGCACUCCAAGUACGAAGGAAUCCGUCAAAAGUCUGACGGCCCAGAUAAAGGAUAUGGCAUUGAAAUUCUCGGGUGCAUAUAAGCAGUGCAAGCCCUGCACUGGAGGCUCCAGUGCUGGCAGCAGCACCUACAAGAAAGGGUCGCGCCCAUACCCGGACUUCGACACCAUUUCUGAAGGGGUACCAUAUCCGUUUUAUCAGCCCGGGAGCUCCAGCUCGACACCCGCAUGGGAUUUCACGACCUCAGCCCACCAGGGCUCCAGACCCGACUCCAGAUUCUCCGGAGCAAUCCGGGGAGACCAGACCCCCGGUGGGCUGGAGUCUAUAUCAGCCCAGUCAUGUGAUGUGGUGCUGGAGGAUGAGGAUGAGCCCAAGGAGUGGAUGGCCCAGGUGGAGCCUGGUGUUCACAUCACCUUUGUCUCUCUUCCCAAUGGUGGCAAUGAUCUCAAACGGAUUCGCUUCAGCCGAGAUAUGUUCAAUAAAUGGCAAGCUCAGCGGUGGUGGGGUGAGAAUUAUGACCGGAUCAUGGAACUUUAUAAUGUCCAGAGAUUCAAUCGGCAAGCACUGCACACUCCCCCGAGGUCUGAGGACGAGAGAGAUUCAUCUUUCUCAAGGUUUGGCUCUGCAAGGGAAAGCCCAAUAGCACCAUCAUCACACAAUUGGACCCCAAGAAACCAUUACAAACCCUCAGGCAGUAAAGGGUAUUUCCCAUGCGACCCUAUGGAUCAUGGUGGAAGCCAACACUACCCCGGGUCAAGUGCUUAUGGUGCAGGUGGGCCAAAGGGUGAAGCAUCUUCUAUGGAUGCAUCACGGACGACAACCUCAUCUAGAGACGAGGCUUCUGUUUCUAUAAGCAAUGCCAGCGACAUGGAGACUGAGUGGGUUGAGCAGGAUGAGCCAGGAGUGUACAUUACCAUCAGACAAUUAGCUGAUGGCACUAGGGAGCUCCGGCGUGUUAGAUUCAGCCGUGAGAAAUUUGGAGAGGUGCAUGCCAAGUUGUGGUGGGAAGAGAAUAGGGAGAGAAUACAGGCUCAAUACCUCUAAAUUGUUUUCCAGGACUCUUAUCAUAGUGGAUGGGGGAACUCAGGGCAGUUCCACGCAUGGUAGAAAUUGUACCAGUUCUCUUGGCAUGUUAUACUAUAAAAGCACCCACUAGAAUCUAUACAAAAAAAAAAGAAAAGAAAAGGAAAAGGGUGUUUUUCUUCUGCGAGAAACAAUAGAAAUUGAAAUGAGUUCUCAUUGAAAUCCUUUACCGUUGAUUGAGAUUGUAAUGCAUCUGUUCUGGAGGAUAAAACUUCGAGUUAAAUGCUAAGGAACCACACGGCAAUGUUAUCGGAUCUUUGAGAUGUCUAAAUGUCUUUUUGUUUUUGUUUUUGUUUUUGUAUCUGUUUCAGAAGUUACAAUUGUUAUAACCAUUUUGAGAAAUUUUUUAGGUUAGUUUUCUGAGAGUUUCGCCCUGAUGGCUUCACGGAAUUAUUUAGCUUUGAUUUUAGAACAUACCAUAAUUUGUUUUUUUGUAACAUAAACUUUCUGCAAUGAAAGAUCAAAUUGGAA